UCCAUACUCGACCACUCUUUCCUUCUCCGGUAUACUUACCUCCGCCCUCCGCCGACCUUCUUUCUUCUUCAAAAGCAGCAACAGCAACAGCAACCCCGCCCAUCAUGCCGUUGUUCAAACAGCUUCGUCGUCGCUCGAAAGCCAAUUUCCACACCAAGUCAACAGAGACCAAGUCCAACGAAUCCCAAUCCAAUGGGGAGCUGAAUUCGGGCAAGUCAUCAACCACGCCUGAUACUGCUUCAUAUAGUUCUCUCACCCCGCCUUCUUCCAUAAAACCAAACCUCUCAUCACCAAACCUCCCAUCCCUCAGCGAGAGCAACGGCGCCUCCACUAACGCUGUUUCCCCUCUUUCUGUACCUCCCCAACGUCCCGGCCUCCUUACGGCUCCGUCGCAGCGGAAUAGCGCCUAUUUUGGCAGUAAUAUGUCUGUCAAUGGUGCCGUGCGGUCGCCCACUCCCUCUUCUCCAUACGCCCCGAGGAUCAUCUCGAUUUCCGAUAACUCUUGGGUCCAUCAGAAGGUCCUGCUUGUUUACGGCCAAAUAGGAGACCCAAGACAACAUCCGCUGGACGGAACUGUAACAGUCUAUCACCAUCAGGAUAGUUUCCCAUCGGUGGCGUGGCCGGUCACAUCCUCCCACUUCAAGACCCUGGUGCACCUCGUUCCGGGACCGAACCGCCUGCGCUUCGAGUUCGUCUCAGCCAAGCAUUCAUCCGGCAGUGCUCAUCCGACUACCCACACUUCCUAUAUCUGCAUAAAUUAUCUCCCAUUGGUCAAUACGCCUCCCUUACACCUUGUCAUUUUGCUAGGAAAGGAUUCAGAUGGGACAUUUGACGCCGUUCCGGAGAGACAACAACGCGAAGGAAACGGUCUUGAAACGGCGAUUCAAAAAUAUCGCAUGGCGGCGUACCUCUGGCAGGCAUUUACUGGCGAACAGAUGUUCCGUAACAACUUCGGACGUCGGUGCUUCCGGUUCGAAGAAGAGUGGCAGGCGGGCACCUUGAGUCGCCGUGAUGCAGUGAACGGCCAGAUGCGGAACGAGGCUAAGGUCCACGUUGUCCGGACUGACAAGACGGUCGCAGAGCUCAGGGACCUCAACCUCGCCCAGCAGAAUGAUUCUGCUACCCACAAGGAUGAGCUGUUCCGAAUCGCCAGAGAGGCAGUGAAGGACCAUUUCCGUCUCCAACCCGGUCAGAAGCAGUAUGUCUCAGUCUUACUUCUCGACUCUCAUUGGGAUGUGGGCACGCAGACUAUCACCGGUCACGCCGCUCUGGGUUCGAGCACCGGGGAUCUCAAGCUAGCGAUAUUUGGCUCCCACAGCCUGCAGAGCUACCCUUCCAGUUUGGAAGAUGUUGUAGACGCUUUCUCAGACUGCACCAGGACCGACACAGGAUUCGUUGCUAACGACUCCGGCGAGGGUGGUUCCAGCUGGGAAGCUGCUAAUAUCGGCAUUGGUGCUCAUCUUCACGAAGUCGGCCAUCUCUUCGGGUGUCCGCAUCAGGAGUCGGGUAUCAUGCUUCGGGACUAUGUCCGUCUGAGCCGGUCCUUUCUCACCCGUGAGCCCUUCGCAACCCGGACAAAGACCCAAGGCCUCAAGCUAUGCCUGCCUCAAGAUGAGUGCAGUUGGCAUCGGCUCGACGCUUUGCGUUUUCGGUUUCACCCCUGCUUCCGACUUCCUGGAGAUGCGCCAUUGGCUUCGGACGAUAGCAUCCAGGUCUGGCCCGUUGAGAACGGGAAGAUCGUUUUUACUGCCUUGACGGGUAUAGCGUUCAUAGAACUGUACGCUGAGGGGGACAACGUAUGUCGGAACUUUAUCGAAUACCUUAACAGCGAGUCGAGCAGCAAUGGACUGCCGAAGCAAGUCACUGUGACGGAAAGCGAACUCCGGCAACGUGUGUAUGGCACCGAGAAGGAGAAGAAAAAGUCUAUCAGGCUGGUCAUCUUCUCAGGCGGCCUCGGAAGUUACAAUGUCGAUUCAAUCAAUAAUCUGAAAUCGAAGCAGGCAUUAGUGAAGCUGCCCAAGAGUCAUACCGGGUACAAGGGGAACAAGAUGGGCUUUUCGCAGUUGGAAGGUAGUCAGCCAGAACAGCUAUUGCUGGACUGUGCCUUUGCGUCGACCAAGCUCCUGACCUCUGUCCGGAUCUAUCACGAGAAUGCGCUCCAUGGCUUGGAAUUCUUCUAUGAAGAUGCUACGAGCCAGCUCUUCGGUAACCGGGGAGGAAAGCCUGAUGAUUUCGUCCUUGAUACCCGGAGAGGAGAAAUACUACUCGGUUUCUAUGUCCGAGCUGGAUUGUGGAUCGAUGGCAUCGAGAUUUUGACCAGCCAGGGCAGAAAAUCCGGCAUGUUUGGAAAUGCCCAAGGAGGCACAGGUUACACUCUGAUCCCCCCUCUUGGGUACAAGAUUGCUGGCAUUUCAGGAUCCAGUGGACCUUGGAUCGAUGGCUUUUCGUUAGUGAUUAUGCAUUGAUCUCGCAUAGCAUACUAAUUGCCAUGGGAUUCUCAACGUUCGUCGCCAGGAGCGCUAUGCAAGGCGUGCG